UGCAGUGAGCUGAGAUUCGGCCACUGCACUCCAGCCUGGGCGACAGAGCGAGACUCCGUCUCAAAAAAAAAAAAAAAAGAAAGAAAAUGUGGUACGUAGAGCGGGACAUCUGGCUUCCGAGCGGGAACCUUUGUAGCGCCAGCGACGAAAGAGAGAAUUAAAUAUGGGUGAUGUUGAGAAAGGCAAGAAGAUUUUUGUUCAGAAGUGUGCCCAGUGCCACACCAUGGAAAAGGGAGGCAAGCAAAAGACUGGGCCUAAUCUCCAUGGUCUCUUCGGGUGGAAGACAGGUCAGGCCAUUGGAUUCUCUUACAUAGACACCGGUAAGAACAAAGGCAUCACCUGGGGAAAUGAUACACUGAGGGAGUAUUUGGAGAAUCCCAGGAAAUACGUUCCUGGAACAAAAAUGAUCUUUGCCGGCAUUAAGAUGAAGGCAGAAAGGGCAGACUUGUUAGCUUAUCUCAAAAAAGCUACAAGUGAGUAAUAAUUGGCCACUGCCUUAUAUACAAAACAGAAAUGUCUCAUGACUUUUUUAUGUGUACCAUAAUUUAGUAGAUCUCAUACAGCAGAAUUCAGAUUAUGAAUGACUAUCAGAAUAUUUUGUUGGGCAGUCCUGAUUUAAAACUAAGACUGGCUGGGCGCGGUGGCUCAAGCCUGUAAUCCCAGCACUUUGGGAGGCCGAGACGGACGGAUCACGAGGU